CACGAGGCGACUCUGAUUAUAAAAACGUCUAUUCUUUUCCUCCCAACAUGCUUCCACAAAAGCAGCAAGCAUUUAAAUUCGUAAUUCGCUCCAAAAUAACCAGUGACGAUUCUUCAGCGGAGCCGCAACACAAUUUAUCGGAACAAACAACCAGCGAUAAUGCCAAAUCAAAACCCGUCGACAUGCCGCCAGUAUUGAGCGAAGAAACUGAACGGAAGCGGAAACGGACCGACAAAGAUGUUAUUCCUAUUGCAUCAAAAAAGGUGUCUUAUCACAUUACGUCCUUCAUCCAACCAAUAUUACUCAACAGCAAUAUCAUGUUAUGGCCAAUCAACCUUAGAUUCACAGCCAAUUACAGAAAUGGAAUCAAAAAAAGGAAGAGCUGAAACUCGAUGCGGAAGAAAACCCUGGUGUUGAGCAGCCGACCAACGACUUUGCUGAUUUAUCACUGAUGGCAUGCCUUUUAUGUCAACGAAAGUUCAAAGCGUUACAGGAUCUGCAACGACAUCAAGAAAUCUCGGAACUGCACAAAAAAAACCUCCAGGAUCCCGCUUGUGUUGCCAAAGCCAAGAUGAAAAAACAGUAUACCAAAAGUGACACAGAAAAAACCGAAGAACAAACAGCAGAGCAAAAUUACAGAAACCGAGCUGCAGAGCGAAGGCAAGCCUACGGGCAGCCGGAUAAACCGGCCAUUGCUUCUCCUCCUCCGUUUCGUCCGCCGGCCAAACCUCGACGGGAUAUGCCACCUGCAGCACCAGCUGCAUCUGUCAAGAAGCCUCUUGCUGAUGACAAUAUUGGGGCCCGUAUGCUGAAGCAGAUGGGAUGGCGUCACGGCGAGGGGUUAGGGAAAGAUGGCUCAGGCAUUGUUGACCCAAUUGCUGCUGAGCGAUAUAUCCAAGGAGCCGGUUUAGGCACGGCUUAUGCAAAGAGUGAUAUCUCGUCCAGCGACGGUACAGAAACAUACAAGGAUAAAGUAAAGGAAAUGGCACGGAGACGUUUUGAAGAUGCCCGAUAGGUACUUAGAAUUUGACAAGCCGGCAAGCGAGUCAUCGCAAUUUGUUUGAUAUGAACCAAAAGCAAAAGCGGGUGAAAAAAUCCAAGCGUCGGCUUGCAAGAUUUGUGUUUCUUUUUGGAGAAAAAUAAACUAUAAUAAGAAUGAUAAUGA